GCAGAAGGAGAGGGAGGCAAAGGCACUCCCAGCCAUGGGCCUGGGAUGCGGGAGACCUGGGGGGUCUCCCAUGCUGCUGCUGCUGCUGCUGCUGCCGCCCGCGUGUCUGCUGCGGAGCUCCCGGACGUUUCCAGGAAAUGCUCCUGGAGAGCCAGUUACUCCACACUGGAUCCUAGAUGGAGAACACUGGCUCAAGGUCACCCUAGAGGAGCCGAUCUUGAAGCCUGAUGUGGUGCUGGUGGCCUUAGAGGCUGAAGGCCGGGAUCUCCUGCUUGAAUUGGAGAAGAACCACAGGCUCCUGGCCCCAGGAUACACAGAAACUCACUACAGCCCAGAUGGGCAGCCUGUGGUGCUAUUCCCCAACCACACGGAUCAUUGCCAUUAUCAUGGGCGUGUGAGGGGCUUUCUGGAUUCCUGGGUCGCCCUCAGCAUCUGCUCAGGGAUGAGGGGCCUGAUUGGGGUCAGUAGCAAUGUCAGUUACUAUCUGUAUCCCUGGGCUCCCGGGGACACCGAGGACUUCGCAACCCACAAGAUCUUCAGGAUGGAGCAGCUGUUCCCCUGGAGAGGGGCUCGGAGAGACAAGGACUCCAAAUACAAAGCAGGAAUGGCCAGUCUUCCUCAUGUCCCCCAGAGCCGGGUGAGGAGAGAGGCCCGCAAGAGCCCCAGGUACCUGGAACUGUACAUGGUGGCUGACCACACUCUGUUCCUGGUCCAGCGCCAGAACCUGAACCACACGAGACAGCGCCUCCUGGAAGUUGCCAAUUGCGUGGACCAGAUUCUGAGGACCCUGGAUAUCCAGGUGGUGUUGACAGGCCUGGAAGUGUGGACCGAGCAGGAUCACAGCCCCAUCACGCAGGACGCAAACGCAACGCUCUGGGCUUUCCUACAGUGGCGCCGUGGGCUGUGGGCUAGGAGACCCCACGACUCCACACAACUGCUCACGGGGCGCACCUUCCAGGGCACCAUGGUGGGCCUGGCGCCUGUGGAGGGUAUGUGCCGUGCCGAGAGCUCCGGAGGUGUGAGCACGGACCACUCGGAACUCCCCGUCGGCACAGCAGCCACCAUGGCCCACGAGAUAGGCCACAGCCUGGGCCUCCGCCAUGACUCCGAAGGAUGCUGCACGGAAGCAGACGCAGAACAAGGGGGCUGCGUCAUGGAGGCAGCCACAGGGUACCCGUUCCCGCGCGUCUUCAGCGCCUGCAGCCGCCGCCAGCUGCGCGCCUUCUUCCGCAAGGGAGGCGGGGCGUGCCUCUCCUCUAGCCCGGCCCCGGGGCUCCUGGUCCUGCCCGCCCGCUGCGGAGACGGCUUCGUGGAAGCAGGAGAAGAGUGCGACUGCGGUUCCGGCCAGGUUAGGUCAUCGGCUCCGUCCCCGGGGACCGGUGCUGACCCGUGCUCCCAGCCUCCCCCAGGUCUAGCUUGCUGCCCCGUCACGCAUCCUGUUCUCUCCUCUCUGACUUCAGGAGUGUCCAGACCCCUGCUGCUUUGCCCACAACUGCUCCCUGCGUGCGGGGGCCCAAUGCGCCCACGGCGAUUGCUGUGCGCAGUGCCUGGUGAGGGCUCCGGAAACUGUGGAUCAAAGCUGGGCUGGUACCUUCCUGGUCCCCUUACUGAGUGUGAGCUUGACCCGGUGUGUGGGCUCACUUGGCGCUCCCUAGGGCUUUCUGCAAAGAUCCCUGACUCUCCCCUGUCUCUCCCCUCCCCUAACGGGUCGCUGGCGCAGCUGAAGUCGGCGGGCACGCCUUGUCGUCCGGCUGUAAGCGCCUGCGACCUCCCUGAGUUCUGCACGGGCACCUCCCCGCACUGCCCCGCGGACGUUUACCUCCUGGACGGCUCACCCUGCGCCGAGGGCCGGGGCUAUUGCCUGGAUGGCUGGUGUCCCACGCUGGAGCAGCAGUGCCAGCAGCUCUGGGGGCCCGGGUCCCAGCCUGCCCCCGAGCCAUGUUUCCAGGAGGUGAACUCCGUGGGCAAUUCUCAGGGGAACUGCGGCCAGGAUAGCAAGGGCAGCUUCCUGCCUUGUGCCGAGAGGGACGCUCAGUGUGGGAAGCUGCUGUGCCAGGGAGGGGAGCCAAAGCCACUUGUGCCACACUUGGUGACCGUGGAUUCCACAGUUCUCCUAGAGGGCCACAAAGUGGCUUGCCGGGGAGCCUCCGUGCUCCCUGGUGCUUAUCUGGACCAGCUUGACUUGAGUCUGGUGGAGCCAGGCACCCGCUGUGGACCUAGCAUGGUGUGCCAGGACAGGCAUUGCCGGAAUGCUACCUCCCAGGAGCUGGAGCGUUGCUUGACUGCCUGCCGUAACCAUGGGGUUUGCAAUAGCAACCACAACUGCCACUGCGCUGCAGGCUGGGCUCCACCCUUCUGCGACAAGCCGGGCCCGGGUGGCAGCAUGGACAGCGGCCCUGCACAGCCUGCAAACCGAGUCGCCUUCCCACUGGCCGUGCUCCUCAGCUUCCUGCUGCCUCUGCUCCCUGGGGCUGGCCUAGCCUGGUGCUACUACCAGCUUCCGAGACUGCGGCAGCCACCGGGAUGGUGCUGCGAGAGGGGCCCCAUGUGCAAUAGGCCCAUCAGUAGCCCCUGCAGGGACCAGCCCUUGGGCAGUGUUCACCCCGUAGAGCUUGGCUCCAUCAGCACUGGAGAGCCCUCACCCCUGCCCCCAGGGACGCCAACAGUGCUUGCGCUUUUGCGUUGUUUUCAGACCCCGAGAAUUCUGUGCUUACCUCAGUAAGAACUGCCCUACGAAGCUCAACCACACAGACCUGCUCCAUCCUUAUGCAGGUCAAGUCCAGACACCAAGAUUCUGUCUCUGGAGAAGGGGAGUCUCCUGAGGCAAGGAGAAAAAGACAAGUGCCCGCUGCCUGCCACUUCAGGAUCUUCUGAUGGGCUGGACGCUCGGCUUUUCCCUACUAACCCCGGGGACCCCAGAGCUGUAUUCCCCACCUUUCCUGAGAGCCGUACUAUCCACAGUGUCAGAAUGUAUCUAAUAACAACAAGCUUAUCAGUUGGCUGCACUUUGCUGCAAGAGCUUGAGGGGGUUUCUAAAGGGACACUGAGAGGAUGACUAAGAAAUAAAAAAAAAGGUUAGCUACAACAGCUGGGUGCAGAGGUGCACACCUCUGAUCUCAGCACUCCAGGGGCAGAGGCAGGCAGACUUCUGAGUUUGAGGCCAGCCGGGUCUAUAAAUUGAACCGAGGUCCCGGACAGCCAGAGCUACAAAGAGAUAUCCUGUUUUGAAAAAACAAAAGCCAAACAAACAAAAUAAAA